GGCGCAUACACCCCCGCGUAGAACGCUCCAUGGCAUGGCUACCUGGCAGCAAAUCCGGGAGGAUGAGGAGCUGGCCCGUCGACUUGCCGAGGAGCUGGCAGGUCCGGAUGCGGAGGCGCGAGCGCAGAUCUACGAUGAAGAUCUGGCGCUGGCAAGACAACUGGCCGAGCAGGAGCAAGCAGAUCUGGAAUUUGCAGCUCCGGCGAAGGCAGUCUUUGCCGUGGACGAUAGCCCGCCGACAAAGAAGCGACGGGCUCCUAGCACGGAUCUGGAUCCAGUACUCUCCGACACCAAGGAGGAGCUCUCAGACAUGGCCAAAGAGGAGGUGGAGAACAUGUGGUCUCGCUGCCUGCGGGGGGAGGAGCUCUUGGACUCACUGCCGGCGAACGACAACGCGUCCAGCGAGGCGUACGCCGUCCACGCGCUGCACACGCUGAUGUCGGAGUUUCGGCGGGCGCCGGUGGCGAUGAUUCGGUCCGCUUUUCAGCAGGCGGGGACUUACAGCGAGGCCAAGGCCAUCAUAGAGGGCAGUUCAGAAGUGACCUCGCUGAAGUCCAAGCGCCCGCCCAAAGCGGCGCCGCCCUGCGAUGUGCCGCCGCUGCUGCAGAAGGAGGUGCAGCUGGGCGGCGAGGCGGUGUCGAUCCACAAGGCCCUGGCCAAGCGGAAGCAGGUGCGGCAAGAGCGCGUGGCGCAGCUCAAGGCCGUCGGGGGUCUCGGCACCUGCGGCUGCUGCUUCGAUGAUGAGCUGCUGCCUGAGGAGGAGCUGCGCUGCACCGCUGCCAAGGGCCAUGGCUUUUGCAUCCCCUGCGUGAAGCAAGCUGCCAUGGCCUUCUUUGGCCAAGGGCUCUUCACCUUGAACCUCAGCUCUGAAGCGGCCUCCUCCGCCGAGCCCAACUUGUCGGUGGCGAGCCUGCGGUGUUUGGAUACCUCCAACUGCCCGGGGCACUUCUUGGACACCGCCAUGCAGAAGGCCUUGCCCAGAAAAGACUACGUGAGGUACUCCCGGCGCUCGGCGGCACUGCAAGCUGCUGCCAGUGGCCUCAAAGACCUGGUCUCCUGCCCUGGCUGCGACUUCAUGGUGCAGAUGUCGGACAAGAACGAAACCUUCCCCCUCGACACGCCCCCUCCCGAGGAUGGGGUUGUUCGGUGCCUGGACCCGGAGUGUGGGCUUACCACGUGUCGGUGGUGCAUGCAGCCGGAGCACGGCCCUUUGAAGUGUGAGGAGGUCGAGAAGGACAGCGAGACAAAGAUCAGGACCUUCCUGGAGGAGAAGAUGGCCGAGGCUGUGCUUCGCAGGUGCCCAAACCAGAAGUGCCAGAAGCCCUACGAGAGGACGGAGGGCUGCAAUCACAUCCGGUGCCCCUGCGGCACGCACAGCUGCUACCUCUGCGGCACGGAGCUGGAUAAGAAGCGGCCCUACGACCACUACAAGGAUGGACAUUUGGGCGGCGGGAAGAACGACUCCAACUCGCGGUGCAUUGUGUAUGGAACACCAAAGUGGGCAGAGGCAUCUGGCAAGAAGCAGCGAGAGGACGCGGAGAAGGCCCUGCAGCAGUAUCUCAAAGAGAACCCCGACCUCCAGGAAGUGGCAGCCGCCUCCAGCACCGCGAAGAGGAAGAGGCUCCGGGAGCUGCUUGAGGUUACGCCGGAGCGGCGCAACAAGAAGGCCAAGGCUUCCGCGGACGCCGAGCCGGAGCUCCAGGCUUGCGUGAUUCAGUGAGGCCCGCUCCAGAAGUGAGCAACGCCCUAGACAGCCUCCGUCAAGGUCGCACAGGUGGC